ACAGCCACGCCCAUUAGGAAAAUGUCCUCUUCUUCUUCAAAAUUACUUCUUUCUGAAGAAGGAGAGCUCUCAAAGCUUUCAGAAGAAAAGAAAAAAGUCUCCGUCCUCCAGUGGCUGCAAAACCUGCCCCAAACAAUUCAAAAGACUUCCAAGGCUGAUUUGAAAGCAAAACAGAAAGAGCUGGUGGGUCAGUUGUGCAGCUAUGGUUUGCAAGGCGGACUCUCGCCUCCUCUUCGUACAUUGCUAUCAUCAUCAUUUGUGUGUAUAUUCAAUGAAGGAACCACAGUAGGUCUGAUGGAAUCAGUGAACAAAUGUAUCGAACUCUUAAAGCAAAGAGAUGACGGAGCCAUCACUAAUAAACAUACUGCUAUUGUGUGUGUUGGGGCAAUCUUUCGUCGGCAUGGAAGAAUGGCUGGUAGCUUAUUCCUAGAAGUGGUACAAGGAUUGUUGAAAGCAGCCAAACUGAUAGAGCUUCGUUCGGACAUAUGCCAAGCUUUAGAGGGAAUAGUAGAAGGCCUUGGCUCUUCCUCUGCCUCCGUACAUAAAGACAUAUAUAAAUUUCUUAGAAGCUCGUUGACUGAUAAACAGCUAAUCGUGAGGGCCCCAGCAGCAAGUUGCAUCCUGUCACUGGCCAGGCAAAGUCCCCUCUAUUACACUCAAGACCUUGACUCUCUCUCUCAGCUCUGUCUUAAAGGGUUUGAAAGCUCCGAUUAUAAUGUCCGCUGUGCCAUUGCUAGUCUCUGGGGCUCACUCCUUUAUUUCUCUCAGAAUCCUCCCUCACCUCAAGCCAAGGGAAAGGUCAAACUGGAAGAUGUUCUAGGUCUUUUGUCUCAGGGUUUUGUCCGUGGUUCGGGCGGGUUUCUGAAAGCUGGUGGUCCUGAACUGCUCAAGAGUGGCCUGGCUGGCAGGGAUGUAAGAGUAGGUGUAACUAUGACUUAUGUCUUCUUCCUCAAUGAAAUGGGUGGUAAAUGGCUUGAGAGGAACCUCCCCCUCGUCUCCCAAUCCAUCUUGGACCUCCUCUCUCAUCCAAAGACCACCUCUACUCACAUUGAUGCCGUCUACUCUAGGAAGUGUGUCCAGUUUAUAUUUAGGUCAAUGUUUGGCCGCCUCUUGAGUGAAUCAACACAGCUAAUAGCUGCCAUUCACUUGUGUAAAGUUAUCACUCAGUUAUCAGUGAGGAAUGUACCAACUGGAGAAGGGCGAGGGGGAGGAGAGGGAGAUGAGCCUGCAGGCGUUGACGUCAAGUCUACCGUUGCUAGACAGCACAUGAUGAUCUGUGCCUCUAGUGAGAUAUCAUCUCUGAUCAAGAGCUUAAACACGGCAUCACUUCCUCUUGUUAUAUCAGACACUGGAGUGGUGGGUGGGGAAAACCCCGCCCCUUUAAUUGAGGCUCUUAAUCACAUGCUCAUCAACCAGAGCAUUGCUACAAGGCUCUCAGGGGCUCAGUGUCUCCAUUACGUGGGUCUGGCUCUUCCUUCACAGUUGACACUGUUGCUUGAUUAUUUGUUAGUGAAAGUAAAGACAAACAGAGGACAUCCUCUUGGACUUGUGGGCUACUCUCAUGCUCUAGCUGCUCUUCUGGCUACUGCUAAGCACAAUGAGCUAGGGGUUCCUCUGAAGAAGGCAGAGGAGUUGUUUGAGUUUGGUAAAGAGCUCGUUAGCAUUCCAAACGAUAGGGGCAACCUCUCGAUCGCCUCGACUCAGAGUGGGUGGGCUAUUAUUGGAGCUUUUUUGACCCUGGGUGUCUCUUAUAUCAAGCCUCAUGUCAGAUCAGUAUUCACCAUUUGGUAUCAGACCUUCCCUCACUCUCACAAAGAGCUUCUCUCAGAGAUGAGUACUGGGACCUCUCACUCAUGGCAGCACACUCUUGAGGCUAGAAUAGGAGCUCUGACCUCUAUUGUUGGUUUUCUAACGUCCUGUGGUGAGAUACUAAGUCCUGAUCUCAACAAGAGGAUAAUGCUGCCAUUGGACUCUGUACUUGCACUCAUUUCAGGGCUAAGCAGCCUCAUUAAGACUCAUGGUGUACAGUUGAAGGCUCUCAGUGCUUCAAUCAGACGACGCCUUUAUCAGAACUUUAUACUAUUGCCACCUAAAGCAUAUGAAGGUUGCUUGAGUUCUCUUCUGAGAGAAGUCGUAUCAGAACUGACACUAACUGACUCAUCCACCACCACUACUUCACUCUUAAGAUCAAUGUGUCACCAUGACGACUGUGUCCUCCUUGGCUCAUGGCUGGAAGAAACUGACCAUCAAGAUGUUGAAGAAAUGUUACAGCCUAACAGUGCAGCUGGUUCAGGGGCUUUGGAACAUGACUCUGCCUCUGUGUAUUUACCUUCAAGUGAAUCAUUGGAUUUCAAUAAUCCAUUGCCACUGGGUGUGUCUGUCAUUGAUGCUUCUAUCAUACUCUUUGGUCGAGUGUUUCCAUUCCUUUCCUCAAAGCACCAGUUACAAUUGUUGAAUCACUUCAAGGAAGUCAUCAAGCAAGCCAAAUCCUUCCAACAGCAAGCCAUACAGAUUAAUGUCAUUACAGCUGUCCUCUCUGGUCUAAAGAGUCUAAUAGCCAGUAAGAGUUCCUUUAGUGACGAAGCUCUAAUAAGUGCAGCCUAUUCAGUUAUAUCAGGAGCGUUGACUAGUAGCAAUUCAAUGCUUUGUUGUGGAGCUGGUGAAGCAUUGGGCCGUCUCUCUCAAGUUGUCGGCGACGCUAGGUUUGUCGGUCAGAUUGUACAGAUGAGUGUAGAGGCACUCAAACCUUCCUCCUCCUCCUCCUCCUCUGGGUCUAAAGAGGUUCCCACUGGUCAUAUCCUUACCUUGGGGUGUCUCCACCGAUACGUGGGUGGGAUGAACUCUGGCCCCCACCUCUCCCUGAGUGUCAGUACGCUACAGGAUAUAGUGAAGGCUAGCGGUGGAGCAAUAAUACCACAGGUUUGGUCUCUUCAUGCUCUUUCCCUCAUUGCCGACAGUGGUGGGCCGUUAUUUAGAAACUUUGUUGACUCGACUCUAUCACUGCUUGUCAGCCUUCUCUUACAUGUAAAUAUAAUCAGCGUUGACAUGUACCGUUGCCUUGGUAACUGUCUGAGCGCUCUAUUGACUACGCUUGGACCAGAGCUACAGAUAGAGUCUCCUUCAAUGUGUGAGACUAGAGACAUGUGUCUAGCAGCUUGUGCUGUUCUUCAAACCCAUUCUGAUUCCGUAGUGCAAGCCACAGCGAUCAGCUGCCUUCAACAACUACAACUGUUUGCGCCUAAACUGGUUGUCAUGGAAACGAUCUUGCCCCGCCUACGUGACUCCCUCGACAGCCCUCACCUGUUGCUACGGCGAUCAGCAGCAAACGCGCUCCGUCAGUUUAGCCAGCAAGAGCCUCGGCUAGUCUGGGAAGAACUGAGAGAGAGAGGGAGUAAGAGUGGAGAGGAGAAAGGGCUAGAGCACUGUGUCCUUUCUAAACUAGACGUUGAGACUGACAGUAAACUAAGAUUUGAUUUAAAAGAGAUCCUGUUCAGUUUAUUGAGUGUUUUGGCACCCUACGAUCCAAUGAAGUGGCUCCUUUUAUGUAACGGAGUCCUUUCUGCUACCAGCCAGAAGGAAGGGGGCGGAGCACUCAUGGAUAUUGGAGGGGGCGGAGCUUCUGAGCAACCCUCUAAAACUGAUGACCAAGAUGAGGACAUGGCUCAGUUCACGACAGGAGAGGAGGAUCAGUCCGGAAAGACUCUCAUCAUUCCAAGAUGGCCGACUAAGGUUUUUGCCGUUGAGUGCUUGCGUAAGAUUUAUCAAGUUUGUCGGAGCGACCCGGCACAUUUUGACCUAACCCUGGCACAGAAAAAGAAAGAGAGCAAUGGAGGUGAUUAUCUUGUAAUGCAUUUGUCUGAGCUAGUGAGGACAUCAUUCAUAGCAGCUACUGCCAGUGUUGAUCAAUUGAAACUAACUGGAUACCAGUCACUACAGGAUGUUAUACAAUUGUUUGCUAGUGCCAGUGAUCCAGAAUAUCCAGGACAUGUACUCUUGGAACAAUACCAAGCACAAAUUGGUGCUGCCCUGAGGCCUGCCUUUACUCCAGAUACAGCUCCUCACGUGACUGCAAUGGCCUGUCAGGUCUGCUCAGAGUGGCUCGGCAGUGGAGUCUCUCGUCAUGUCGGAGACCUCAAGAGAGUCCAGCAGCUGCUAGUAACGUCACUCGAUAAAUUACAAAAAGGUCGUUCUGAGAAGUCCUUAUAUGGAGAAACCGUAGCAACCAUGGUUAGCCUGGCUGUGCUAAAAGCUUGGGCCGAGUUGUAUAUAAAAGUAUCGGCUGAUGGGAUCAAACAUCUUUCUACACCAGAACCGGAGGGAGGGGGCGUGACCGAGGGGACAGAGGACCUAAUAGAGCCCCACCUACCCAUACUCAGUAAAUAUUGGUUAGCGGCAGUUGAUGACCACGCCCAUCUCUCUCUCCCGGAUCAGUUUAACAGUCAGUUGCCUCCUGGUACGUUUUAUGCAGCUGGAAUGGGAUCUUAUGUAAAGUCAUAUUAUGAAACAAACUGGCCUUCCAUAUUAGAAGCUUGUUCACUAUGGGCUGCUAAGGAUAAGCUUAAAGAUGGCUCCAACAAAGAGCCAUCUUCCAGCGACAGUUUGGCUCCGCCUUUUGCCGGAAUGUUGCCGUUGGCGACCGGUGUGGUCCCGCCUCCAGACGAACGUCACGACACUUUUUAUUUACUGAUGGGCGUGGCAAUACAGGCUCUUUGUAACCCAGCCCUAUACGAUUCUCCUCAUACCAUAAAGUGCUGUCUGCAGUCAUUGCAUCAUCUUUUGUCCACGUCACUAGCACGUACCAUACUAACAACAGAUACUCAACUACUAAUGGAGGUUCUCAAUGUCCUUCAUCGUGUAGUACUCACUUCACGGAGUCCUGAUACUCACUUGAUCUCGUUUCGAAUAGGACUCUCCCUCACCUCGGGAUUAAAGCUUCAAGAGAGGGAGGAGAGGAUCGAGGAGGAUCAGUCUUGCGCUUACACAUUGCUGGUUCUCUCUAGCUGGGCCUUAUUGAAGCCGUCUUCUAAUAAAGAGCUGGUCUCAUUAGCUGUUCAACUGCUGCCUAAUGUAGUACAGUGGAUAUCUCCAACUGUCCUACACACUAUCCUUCCUAGUAUACUUUAUAUAAUGCUUUCUGUUGCAUCUAAUGUACAAGAUACUCCUCAGUAUGUGGCAGUUUUCUAUCAGUCGUGGAAGGAAUUGUGUGCUUACUCUCAGUCCUCACUCUUGAUACUUCAGUCGUCUCUUAAAACCCUCUUGAUGACGUCAGAGGACCAGCUGUCGUCGCUGACUCGUUUGAUUCUAAUGUCGAUAUUGUUGGUGAGUGUGGAAGGAGUGUGUCCUCCUUCAUCUGAUCUUUAUGAAGAGUUUGUGGAGUUUUUGAAGAACUGCUUUUGGAACAGUGAUAAAGAAGUUCAAUUGAAAGCUUUAAAAGUGUGCAAUAGCCUCUUCCCUGUACUGGGGCAUCAGUUUAUUCAGGACUCUGCUCCUGAAAUUGUAUCAAUCAUUCAAGGGAAGCCAAACACUUCCUCUCCUCCUCAAGAAGUCAUUAUCCAAGCAGCUCAAAUACUAGAGAACCUUCUUGAGCUGACACCAGAUAAUAAAAAGCUGACAAUGCUGGAGUUACUUGUCCCCCUCUUUGUCUCAUCUCUCUCCUCCUCCUCCUCUUCCUACAACAGUAAACUAAUCCACGAAACUCUUCUCCAAAAACUAACUGCCAUUGGUCGGAGGUACCCAGUCCCUUUCAGAACAGUAAUGACACCUGAACUCAAGUCUCGCCUUGAGGCUGCUAUCAAGGCCAGUGCUGCUGCUGCUAAUUCUGCUAAACAGGUCAAGCGAGGCGGCCAGACAGGUCAAACUAGUCGGGCUCAGCCAGCCAUUGCUCUUAAAAUGGAUUUUAGUAAUUUUAAAUAAACUUAGACUGAGUUACUGUCAGUAUUAUUAUUAUUAUUAUUAUUAUUAUUAUUAUUAUUAUUAUUAUUAUUAUUAGUGUCUUUUAUGCUGUUGUUCUUGUUCAUUACUUCCAUUGCUUUGUUCAAUUGUGCUC